AUGUCCGAAGUACAAUUAGUCGUAAUGCUCCGAAAGAUCAAGAAGAUCGUCGACGAGACCGAGAUCUACAACAAGAGAUUGAUACUCUUGAAAGAGAACGGAUUGUCACCCAACUCAAAUUCUAUAUUUGAAGAAGAUGAAGAACUAUUGUUUCCAAUCGAUAUCGGAAAUGAAAUGUAUUUAAAAGCAUCCAAAGCAUAUCAAGAGUACAAAGCAUAUAUUGAAGGAAUCGAAAAGACAUUAAAUAAAUAUGUAGAUAAAAUUAAUAAAAAUGAGAGGUCCUCUGCAAUGAUGAAAGCCAUAGCCAACAACAAUGGAAAUUCAAACAAUACAAAUGGUAAUCAGUCUUCCAAUUCGUCGUCGUCCGAUGAUGAUGACACUGACAAAUUCGAUAAGCGCAACAGCAGCUCGCUGAAACGAAAGUCAAAGGAGGUGGUUUCUACACCUUCCGCCAGCAACAAGACCAAGCGUAUUAAGCAGCCUUCGGAAUCGCCAAAGAAUGAGUCAUCCAGUGAAUCACCCACCGUCAGCACACCAGCCAAGACUGUGGAAUCAACUAGCACUCCCAAAGCCGACAAGAACACCAACACCUCCGCCGCCGCCACCGCCGCCGGAGAAUCGUCGGCACAGAUCCCACCAGGAACUCAGGUCGCCGCCAAAGAGAAAUCAAACAACUGGAUUCUCGCCAAGGUUGGAUCAUACAAUUCAAAGACACAGAAAUACGAAGUCAUCGACGAGGACGAAGACGAAUCGAAAAAGUUCCACGUCAGCAUCAAAGAUAUCAUCCAGUUGCCAUCGGCCAACUCACUGCCGCCAACGUUUGCCGCCAACACUAAAGUACUGGCAAUGUUUCCCGAUACCACCACUUUCUAUCCUGCGGUUGUAGUCAGCUCACAAAAGGUCAAGAACAAGACAUCGUUUUACACUCUGCAUUUCGACGAUGACCAAGGUGACAACGGACAGACACCAAGCAGAAAAGUAGCGGCACAACAUUAUACUGGUCUUGUUAAUCCAUCGGAAUAG